GCGGCGUGCGGCAUGGCAUCAUACGCAAGGGGCGUGACGGAGGCGUGUCAUAACAUAUCAGCGCCACUGUUUCAUGUGUCGAUCGAGCCCGAGAACUGAGCUCUCUCUGUGCUUCACCGGAGUAGACAUAAACAAAUCAUUAAAAGCUAAAGGUGUAGUUUUCUCCAGCAGCACACGCGCUGUCAAGGCUACAUCGGAAGAGUUUAUUGUGGCUAACGGAGAGGAUAGAUCGCUCCUCUGGGAAGACGUCGAAAAGUAACUAAGCCUCACUCGGCCACAGGUAGCUCUUUCGGCUCUGAAUAUCAAAGUACAGGUCAUGCGGGUGUCUUCGGAGGGGCAGAGAGCUGUGAUCCAGUGCUGCUAUUACUGCUAGUGACCCCGGUGGACUGAUCGCUUUUGCCGCAAGCUGAGCAGGAACGACGGAAUAAACAUGUCCCGAAGAAAGCAGAGCAAACCCCGGCAGAUCAAACGCUCUAUUGGGGAUCUUAAUGGAGGUGAGGAUCCAUCUGAUGAUGUAAGCAUGUCAGGAGAGGAGGGCGGAGCUUCAGACCAGGAGGACUCUGCAGAGUGUGACGGUUCAAGUCCACCUUCAUUUACACCACUUUAUAACGAAGAGCCAAGAACCCACGAGUCCCUGGCGGUGCCGGAUGAGAGUGAGGAAGAUGAGAAAGGACCAAAACACUGUACAGAAGAUGAGGAGGAGGAAGAGGCAGAUGGGGAAGGGGAAUCCCAGUGGAACGGCCCAGAUGAUCUUAUGUUAAGCGGCGGUGCUGAUGACUUCAAGGUCCUGGCCCUCAGGGACUUGUCAGAUGACACCGUGUGGGGUCCGUUUUCUGGCAGCAUCCAAUCAGAGGAGACCACAGAUGGACCUGCCAAUGAGAGGCCUGUAAUGUCUCUGGAGUGUGAGGAGGCAGACUGCUGGCUCAAAAAGAUUCCUGUGACCUCAAGCCCCACAGAGUCAAACUGCACCAUCUACAAUCAGGGAGGAGAGUUAUUCUGUAAGCUGACGCAGGAGCUGUCCAGUGGAGAUGCACUUCUUGCAACGCUGUCCUGCUCCGUCGCGGAUCAGUCUUCGGGGACUCAGACCCAGAGCGUGCGAGUGAAGGAGGAGCCUGCGUACCCCGCUGCUCUGCACUCUGAGAUCCAGCUCCUCCCUCAACAGGCUGGCAUGGCUGCCAUCUUAGCAACUGCUGUCGUUAAUAAAGACAUUUUCCCUUGCAAAGACUGUGGGAUUUGGUACAGGAGUGAGAGAAAUCUCCAGGCCCAUCUUAUGUACUACUGUGCAAGCCGACAGAAGCAGCCGACCUCGGCCUCUCCUCCACAGGACAAGCCUAAAGAUUCAUAUCCUAACGAGAGGCUGUGUCCAUUCCCACAGUGCAACAAAAGCUGCCCCAGUGCCAGCUCUCUGGAGAUUCACAUGAGAACGCACAGUGGAGAGCGUCCAUUUGUGUGUUUGAUUUGCCUGUCGGCUUUCACCACUAAGGCGAACUGUGAGCGGCACUUGAAGGUUCACACAGACUCGCUGAAUGGUGUGUGUCACGGCUGUGGUUUCAUCUCCACAACGCGAGACAUCCUGUAUAGCCACCUGGUUACCAGUCACAUGGUUUGCCAGCCUGGCUCUCACAGUGAGGUGUACUCACCCAAACUGCCUCUGGCUGCAGGUUUGAGUCCAGGAGACUCUGGCAUUGUUCUGAAAUGUCAAGUGUGUGGCUACUCUGCCGACACACCUGCCCUACUUCAGCAGCAUGUCCACACACACCUGGAAGUGAGGGUUCCAGCUGAGAGGAGCCCUGUGCCUCGCCAGAGCAGUCCUCCUUCCUCUGAGCUUCCAGAGCUGCAAGAGACGGAGCCUGCUGCCUGUGUGCCCCGACCAGACUCCUCCAGCCCAGGAGCCAAUGGCAGCUCGGCCUCUCAAGGCUGCAGUCCCCUCAACCAACUUAAUAUCAAAGAGGAGCCACAUUCAGACUACGAAAAUGACUCAAAGGAAGAAGAACAGGCGGGCAGUCCUCAAGGAAAUGCUGUGGAGGCAAGCUCAUCUCAUUCUGCUUCACCUAAGAGCCCCACGGUGGUGGCGGUUAAGACGGAGCCAGCCAGUCCCACUCCAGGUUCCAGUCCCGUACACCCUGGAACUGGCGGUUCAGUUCUCCCUGGAGGUGCAGUGUUCUUACCGCAGUACAUGUUCAAUUCUGAGGCUGCCAUAAUGCCACAAGCGUCUGAGAUCCUAGCAAAGAUGUCUGAGAUGGUACACAGUAGGCUUAAACAGGGACAAGGACCAGCAGCCGGACAGCAGAGCUUCUACCCACCAGGCUCUCCUGCUAGCGUUCACAAAGGAGCCACUUGCUUUGAAUGUGACAUUACAUUCAACAACAUCAACAACUUCUACGUCCACAAGAGGCUUUACUGCUCCAGCAGGCAUCAGCAAGGUGAGGCAGCGGGUCUAAUGAAGGAAGGGGCGGUCACAUCAGCUGCUCCUCCUGCCGCUCACGCUGCUUCACCCCAGGCCAGACCGGUCAGCCGCGCGGCUUCGGCCUCUCCUAGCUACCCUGACCCUGCCCCAGGAGGCACGGCCUCGGAGCCCAAGUUAGUGGAGGUGAAAACUGAGGAUCCAGGGCUGAAAGAGGCCACUUGCUCGUCGUCCUCAGAGGGAGAGGGACCUGGGGCUGGGCAGGCCAGCGAGGGUAGCCAAAGUCCUAGUGGCUCCGCUGAAGACCAAGACGAUGAUCCCACUCGCACCUUCUGCCAGGCCUGCAACAUUCGAUUCAGCCGCCAUGAUAACUACAUUGUCCACAAGCGAUUCUACUGCGCCUCGAGACAUGAUCCCUCCAACCAGCGGGCCAAUUCUGGUAAGGCCGCCUUCCUUCCCCAACCUAUCCGCACACGCAAGCGCAAGAAGAUGUAUGAGAUCCACAUGGCUCAAACUGAGGCUUUGGCCAAUGCCACUGCGUUGCCGGCAGCAACGAGUCUGGGGGUGAAACAAGAGGGCCCUUCCGUUCCUCCAUUGCCCCAAGUAUCCACCCCAACACGCAGCUCAAGUCCUGAAGGUGAUGGACCCAUCGACUUGAGUAAAAGACCCAGACUAAGAGAAAGCCAGAGAGGGGGCAGCAUUCCCGCUCUGCCCCUUACUGAUUACCACAAGUGCACCGCCUGCAGCAUUAGCUUCAACAGCAUCGAGAACUACCUAGCCCACAAGACCUACUACUGCCCUGCAACAACCCUGCAACCGCACACUAUGGAACAGCUUACCCGGUUGAAGAGACCUGCUUCCACUUCCCCAAAGAACCGAGCAGUGGACGUGCACCCUGAUGCCAAAGGGCUUCAGACGGGCAAAACCGCAGCGGUUCUGCAUCCAUCUGCCCUACCUGGCUCUGAAUCCACUCCUCCACAUGUGCAGGGACCAAAGACCCCCAGCACCUCCCCAGUGGUGUGUCCUUAUUGCCCUCCCAACAGACCGCUGACCUGUGAUCUGAUGGAGCAUUUUAAAACGACUCAUGGUCUGGUGCUCACACUACAACAACAUCCCGAGUCAACACAGUCCUCUGGAGUCAGUCCUAGUCCUAGCCUUAGCCCACGGGAAGGAGCUCCUCUCACCCCUCCUAAAAAACCAAGCCCUCGGCACCGUAAGGACAGCGUGAAUGGCCGGAGCAUUAAGGUGGAAGCAACAUCUCCUUCCUCACCUGUGCUUAAUGGAAGUCCGUUAGAACCCCAGUCUGUGGGGUCUGGUUCUCCGAAAACCGCACCCCCUGCCCUCUCCCCUACAGGAGUAACUGUGUCACCUGUGCCUGAAGCGCUAAGAGAGGUGGGGCAGCUAGGCCACACCCCAUUACCCACACUCCUCCCUGAAAAGGCAGGCCUUGCUGUAAGCCACGUCCACACAACUCUGUCCACACCUAAAACACCCCUCGCCUCUCCUCUGCAGAACGGGAACACCCGCUACUGCCGGCUGUGCAACAUCAAAUUCAGCAGCCUCUCCACUUUCAUUGCACACAAAAAAUACUACUGUUCCUCUCACAGUGCCGAACAUGUCAAGUGAGCCCUCUACCCAGUUAAUUCUGCCAUUCCUCUCAUGCAUAGAAGUGCCAAUCACGGCACUGCCCGAUCAGAGCAUGAUAGCGGGACUGUUACUAGCCAGAUACGGAUGUCUUCACGCCGACCGCGUUAUCUGGUGUUGUUACUAUCGUAACUUAUUACACGUUAUGGGUCAAGUUUGUAUUACACUAAGAGAUGAGACUACCUGCACAGAAUGUGCCCCACUGACCUAUUCCCUCAUCCACGCAGAUUCUUCUUUCAUCUGUAAGUUUAAAAAUCUGCUGAUGGAAAUAACAUCUUGCCCUUUUGAAAAAGCUUUUAAUCAGUCCUAAGUUUUGAUGUUCAUUUUAAUCAACAAUGGCAUUGUAUAUUGAUAAAAGAUUGUUUGACUGAGCCAUUUUUGUUUUGUUUUAAAUCGCUGAUUUGGGGUUAAUUCUGACCCCUAGUGGAGGUCUUUAUAGAACCCGGUCUGCAGAUUUUUGUCAAUACACUGACUCAGAAAAAAAAAAAUGGAGUAAAAUCUUGAGUAACCCAGUUGAAAUUGGUGUCAUCUAGUUACCAGUUCAAGUUGAAAGUUUUUGAAUGAUAAAAAAUGUGAAGAAACUAUUUAUCAUCGAUCAUCCUCAUACAUUUCAUGUGAGUUAAAUACUACCUAUUUUCUUUUGAAAGAAAGACUUUGUUUUUGUUUUCAUACUGUCAAAAGGAACCAUUUCAAUCUACAGUGUGGUGUUUUUCUUGGUUCUUGCAUAUGAAAAUGUGUCAUAUUUGAAUUUUUUGCAUUGAUCAUUUGGACUUGAGAGGAAAUUCUGUAAGUGUUGGUCUAGUAAGGGAGAAGACGGCACACACUGUACUGUCUCAGUAUUUGGUCGUUGCUUCCAGACAGACAUUUUCCAUCAGAUGGAUGUGCAUUACGGAUCUAAGGACUGUCUUGGGGUUUUAGGGUUUGGAUUUGUCUGGAACAGUGUAAGAUGUUUGUUGUCUCUAGUCACCAGCUCACCUUGCCGAAUGCAAAACUCACUGAUUCAAAUCCAUAACCCUUUUGACCUGCUGAAAAAGUGCCAUCUGUACUCUAGACGAACCGUCAUGGACAUGCAAAGAAAAGCAUGUUUGUUUGGUCUUUGUUUCGUUUUCUUUUUAACCUUGAAAUGAAGUAUAGCAUAGAAUAGAUUCACAUCAAUGUCUUGCACACUGCUGAAUGAUGUUGAAGGCCACUGAAAGCAAGAGAAUUUGAAACUGACUCAUUGCUCGUAUUGCUUCUUUCUUAAACUGGCAACCCAGUGUCGCUCUUGUCCUUCUCUCGUUCGCUCUGUUUCUCUCUCCCUUUCAAUUUUGCAUUCUCAAUGAUGACUCAGUGAUGUUUUAUGCUCAUUUACAUGUGCGUGUAUGUUGAAAAGAACAGCGUCAUGCAAUCUAUCCUCCUGUGCAGGCUACCUUGGCAAAGCCUUAACAAAGACUCUUGUCAAUAUGUCUGAAACAACGGGUCACUUUCUUCCACAAUGCUCGUCACUCUCCUCCACUAAGUGGACUUUGUGUAUGUUACCAGUGGUGUUUCCCAUUUCCUGUGUUACAAAAAAGCAACCUCAGUCGUCUCUGUGGUAAGAACAGAAACGAGUGCAAACGAGAACAGUUUAAAUUUCUCUAUGCUGUUGUGGGUUUGAAACGGUGCUGCACCCGUCGUGAACUCGCACAGAGGCGUUUACAAUUCCAUUGUUUUAUCAUUUAGCGACUGUCGCAAGUCCAAAAGACCAGUGCUGAAAACCUUUGACCUUUCCAGAUCCCUUUUCUAUUGCACUGUGUUGUACAAAAAAUGCUGAAUGUUUUAGUUUUAGAAGCUUUUUUUGUAUGUAUUUAUGUUUUUACAGCACUUUUCCUUGUCCAAACCUAUCCCCGAAGGACUUAAUCGUGAAUUUAGAACAUUCUAAAACAAAUGAAAGGUAAUUAUAAUACUUUGUGAAUAAUUAAAAAUGUUGAUGGAAAAAUAAUGAAUGUCAACCUUUUUCUUUGUUUUUUGUUUUUCUGUUUUUUUGUUUUGUUUUGUUUUUUUCAGCUACAAAAAGUUCCACUACACACUUGUCCAAACUAUGCAUGGGAAAUAAAGAGUCCAGAAGGACAUUCAAAGUGCAAGAGAACUUGUCGUACUCUUCUCUCUCUAAGUAGUUUGUAGACUGUGAUGCAAUACACAUUCUGCGUUCUGGGAACUUUGCAUAACAUUGUUUUUUUAUGAAGUGAUUUAUUUAUUUUUCUCUUUGGCUCAACCAUUUGACACAGUGUUUGUAUUGGUGGCGUAUUUUACUUUUAUGUGUAUGAGAAUAAUAAUCAAAGGGAUAGUUUGCACAAAAAAUUGAGCCAUUUUAAUUUUUUUUAGUAAAAAUAUUUAUUUAGAAGGAUAUCCAGACUGCUUUUUCUAGAGUGUUUUUUGUUUUGUUUUUUUACACUGUG